AUGCUCGUCUGCGAGGUCGUACACCUCGACCCAGAGAAGGACCUCGAGGCGAAGGGGUUCGACUCGGUCGCCGCGUCGGCGUCGGCGGGCGGGCUGCGCGCGCCCGAGUUCGUGCUGCACCGCACCGAGCGCGUCGUGCCGCGCUACGUGCUCGCGGUGGCGCAGUGCGGCAGGGGAGAGCCGGCCGAGCUCCGGCCCGCACUCGGCUGGGGCAGGGCUCGGCCACCGGGGGAGCUGCUCGCGCUGCUGCGGGGCCUCGCCUCGCGCAGCGGUGGCGUCGUCGCUUUGCGAGACUGCGCAGAGGCGCGCGCCUCCUGCUCCUCCUUCCUCAGCGGCCCCCCGAUCGAGGUCGUCCUCAAGCUAGCUUGCGUCCCGCUCGCCCUCCCGCUCGCCCUCGCGCUGUUGCUGCUUUGGCGCGUCCUGCCCGCGGCGGCGCGGCUGGCCGGAUCGGUGCUGUUCGCCGCCAGCCGCGCGGUGCACGCCGGCUGGGUGUCCGCCGUCGAGUGGGUCGCCACGCACUGCAAGCGCUGCGUCUACGCGCUGGCGCUCGGCGUGCACGCGAGCCACGCCGUGUGCGUCGGCGCCCGCGGCGCUUGCCGCGGCGCCGUGGCGCUCGACGCGCUGGUUACCGAGGCCGUCUGGCUCCCCCUCGAGGCUUGCGCGCGGCUCGCGUCGCACUUGCUCGGAGGGUGCGCGGCGGCGACGCAGCGCGCGUUCGCCUCUGCGGGCGACGCGCUGCUACGGCUCGUCGCGGCUUGCUGCCGUUUGCUCGGCCACGCGAUUUCCGCGUUCUGCUCCGCGCUGAGCAUGAUUUUCGACGCGGCGGCGCCGCUCGUCUCCGCUUUUGUGAGCGCGGUCUCCUUUCGCAUGCGCCACGUCGCCGCGGCGCUCUCGCCGGCUAAGCGACCGUGUAGAACGUAA